AUGUCACAAUCGACCCCAAACCCCGACGAUCCCUCAUCCGAAUCCCUCUCAUUGUCCGCUUCGAUAUUCUACUCCUCUAUCGAUUCCUGGAUACCAUCCAACUUCGGGACCUCCAGUUCCUCCCAGUCUAAAAAAGACGAGGGGUUGACGAACCUGCUAAGACCAGAUAUAAGGGGACAGACCGAAGAUCGGCUAGGUCUAGGACAUCCAUUAUUGGACAACCCCAGUGCUAGUAGGCAAAUACAGCGGAAUGGGUUAGUCGGGCUGAGUAAGAAGUUGAAUUUAGAGAAGAAAAAAGGUAAAGAAAAGCAGGAGGUGAAUGGUAAAGGAGCUCGUUACGAAGACGACGAGGAUGAAGAUGAGGAAGAAUCGAAGUUCAAAUUAUCAAAUCAGAAUAAAAAGAAGGUGAAUGCGGUGGAUUCAUUUAGUACAGGAAAGGGGAAGAAGAAGAAAGAUCCUUUCUCCAUUGGAAAUAACAACAACACUGUGCUACAUCCUGCCAUCCUGGCUCAGCAGCUGAACAAUAGGAAUAACCCGGAGGAAGAUGAAGAUGAAAGGGAAGAAGAGGAUGAACCAUCUUUCCCACUCCCAUCUAGGCAUACCACCCCCGUACAGAUCCCACCGACGUCCUCACCCCGCGGAUCAGGGAUAUUCCCAUACGAUGGACCUAGACCAUUCGGAUCGCCAGUAAAGUCGAAAAAUUCCAAACGAUCAAUAGAAGAUGACGAUGGUGAACAAGGCGAGAAGGACGAGUCAAAUGGACAGGUCAAUCAGGCUUAUGAUCAACUCAAGGCGAAUGAAUCUGGAUCUCAGGAAUCACCGGUCAAGUCAAAGUCAGCAAUGAGGAGGGAGAAAAGGAAACGAGCGAAAUUAAACAAUUCGUCAAAGGAAUGA